CACCAUAGAGUUUCCCACAGGGAACUCUGGCGCUGCAGUCAUUGGCCCACUUAACCCACCAUGGGAACAAUGGUAAUUACAUGGAUUUGUCUGAUCUUUGUGCUUGUGGAUUCAGAUGUUCUUGUGGCUUUGUAUAUUGCGCUUUAUAUGCCUUCAUUGUUGUAAAUUUCAGAGCACUCUGUACACUUCGAAGUGCAGAAGACACUGUGAACACGCACAAUCACCACAAAUUGCAAUGAUUGAGCUUGUCGAUGUGGCCAAAUCAAAACACGCCAAGUGUCUCAAGGCACCGGCAUGCCUGCGAUAAAUUCAUAAGGGAAUUUCACAUCACUUGUUGCAUGAGUCUGUGGCUUACUGGUUUCAAUAUCGUGCUUCUGUGCUAGAGGAAUCGUACUGUUGUACAAUUGUAAUAAUGUUUAAUUAUUUAUUACACAGUAGGGCCCGCAGUAAAUUGUUGAAAAUGACGAGUUUACAAAGUCACAAAGCCAUAUGAAGAAGAAGUUUAGGCAAAUCCUUUUACUGCCGAUAUUAAUUCCCAUGCUGGUACAACCGCUCCCAUUGCAGCUCCCGUAGACACUGGCACUAGAGUUGCCUCUAAUAAUUGUUGUAUGAAACUCUAUGGCUGCCACAGAGGCCAUAUUGCUUUUAUUGCGAAAGCAAUACUGCUAGCACUUUCGGCCCAUCAGUGGUCGUGGCGCCUCCUUACACAGCUGCGCGUCACGUGACCGUGUGACGUCACGCCAGACCGAGAGACGGGGCGCCAGCUCGCGGCAUCGAUGGUGGAGGCGAAGCCUUGCGCGCCGCUGCUGCGGCGCUACCGAGAGAGGGCGCUCGCUGGUGUGACGUCACGCUAGGAGGAUAAAUGGGGCUACAGCUCGGCUCCUCGCAAUGGUCGGCGCGCUGCCUUGCGAUAUGUCGGGUGAUGUGUACAAAGCGAGGCUGGAACGAUCUGCUGCGGCCAAGCGACGGCGCCGUGCUGAAGAAACAGAAGAAGAACGAGAAGAACGGCGAGCUAAACAACGUGCGUAUGCAGCAGCGUGGCGAGCACGCCGAUCAACAUCGCUUGAUGCGGGUGCAUCUAAAAGUUCAGGGCGAAGUUUAAUGAGUGGUGUUAACGGUAGCGAAACUAUGGAGACAAGUAGUAGUUCGGAGACAAGUUUCAUGGACGCUCUUAAUGCCGAAGAGACUAUCAUGGAUGCUUCGAAUGGUGACGAUGCUGCAUCUAUGAAUAGUAUGGAACGCUACAACUUCAACAGAAGAAAGCGCCGUGCUGAAGAAACGCUGGAACAGAGAGUAGAGCGGCUUGCUAAAAGAAGAGUACAGUAUGCAGCCAAGAAGGGAGAACGCAACGAGGCGAGACGAAAGCGGAGAGCCCAAGAGAAGGAGGAGCGCUUGAAUAAGAAUCGGGAGAAGUCUCUCAUCACGGCCGAACCAGACGGUGACAUUUUGGUUCAGCGACGUGAAGAACAUGAGAGAAGGGUUGGAGAGUUCGAGUCUGCUACUCGUGAAUUCCGCAAACGCUUUACGAACAAUCCCUUUGGUUACGAGUUUUCUGAGUGUGGCCGCUUGUGGCAUAAGGACAAACUUACUUCGGUAAGCGAACUCAUGUUUCCUACCUUGCGAAAGGCCUAUCCAGAUUGGGGUGAAGAGACUUUAGCUAGUGCAGUAGUGUGCAAUACCUGUAGAUGCUUUCGCAAUCUUCCAGGCUUAACUUACAGGCUUCCAAUCUUCCAGGCUUAA